GACGUCCCUGGCAGGUCGAGCCCGUAGUCGGAACGUUUCCGCCUCGCGGCCGCUCUCACCGCCGGGCCAGCCGCUGCCGCCGCCGGGGAAGGGGGGCGCGGGGCCCGCCCGGGGAGCGCCGCGCCGCGCGGGUGGUCUGGCGGCCGGCCUUCCCUCGGGCCGUUCAUAAGGCGGCGGCGCCGGUGCCCAGAGGAUGUGGCGGAGGCGGCAGUGGCAGGCGCCGCGGCCGAGGCAGCCCUGAGCCCGAGCGGCGCUUCCCGGCCCCGCGCAUCGGCGGCCGCCGGCCCGGCCCGCUCGCCCCGCGGCGGCGCUCCCCGCUCCUCCGCAGCGCCGCGUCCCGCGGCCCCGCCCGCCCCUGGCCGGCUCCCGGCGCUGGAGCCCCGGCGGGAGCGGAGGGGGAGCCCGUGAGCGCGGGAGCGGAGCGCCGCCCGGGGGGCGCGCGGCAGCCAGCAUGGCCUCGUCGUCGGGCAACGAUGACGACCUGACCAUCCCCCGGGCUGCCAUCAACAAGAUGAUUAAGGAGACGCUCCCCAACGUGCGCGUGGCGAACGACGCCCGGGAGCUGGUGGUGAACUGCUGCACGGAAUUCAUCCACCUCAUCUCCUCCGAGGCCAACGAGAUCUGCAACAAGUCGGAGAAGAAAACCAUCUCCCCCGAGCACGUCAUACAGGCACUAGAAAGUUUGGGGUUUGGCUCCUACAUCAGUGAAGUAAAAGAAGUCUUACAAGAAUGCAAAACAGUAGCACUAAAGAGAAGAAAGGCCAGUUCACGCUUGGAGAACCUCGGCAUUCCGGAAGAAGAGCUUCUAAGGCAGCAACAGGAAUUAUUUGCAAAAGCUAGACAACAGCAAGCAGAACUGGCGCAGCAGGAAUGGCUACAGAUGCAACAAGCAGCUCAACAGGCACAGCUUGCUGCUGCCUCAGCCAGUGCAUCCAAUCAGGCAGGAUCCUCUCAGGAUGAAGACGACGAAGAUGAUAUCUGAAAUUCACCAGCUGAGUCUGUCUUUACUAAGAAGUAUUUUUCCUGCACAAUGAAAACAGUGAAAUGAAUGCUUACCUGUAAGUUUGUAUGCAUCAUGGACUGGCAAUUGGUAUUCUAGGGGUGUCUGCUGUUGUGUGCUGUACAUGUAUAAACUGUCUUUUUUUGAACUCUUGGAAAUUUAAGGUUCAGUAUCAUAUCAACUUUGGAUUUUUAAUGGUGUAUAUGGAAAUUUUAGAUAGCAGUGCGUCAUUUAUUUGAUCAAUAAACAGUGUUACAAUAAACGAGUUUAUAAAAUAUAGUGAGAUUUAUACAAAAAGCUCUAAAUCCACAUUUGCAUUUCUUCCCUUUUAACUAAACUAUAAAAUCUUACUUAGAAUUUUUAAUUGUUUUUUGGGGGAAUGGUGCAGUAGACGUAAUCUGUUAACGGGGAAAAAAGCAAGAGUUCAGCAUAGUAGAGUCUGAAUUCCUAGUUCUUUUUAAAAUGAGGAUGUAUAUGGCAAUAAAUAUUAUAUAUGCUCAAAUACCACACUUGUUAAAAUUUGAAAAUGAUACGUUUUCACCAAGCUAGGAAAAGGUAUGUUUAAUAGGAGUUGUACAAAUUCAGUCUUUUUUUUUUUGUAUAGGGGUGAAAAAAAAAUAAACCCAUGUUUUUAUUAUGACAUCCUUUGACAGUCCUAACUGACUAUUUCACUUCAAAGACUGCCUGGUUUGAAGAACUAACUCUUCUAUUACUUCACUCCAGUUUAAUGUUAACUGUUGUUGAUGGUAUUUUGUAGUCCAGAUCUAUUCAUAUUGUUGAAAUACAAAGCUGGAACUUGAUGAAACAAAAUUGUUUCAGUUCCACUGACAUAACUAGGAAUGAUUCAAGCCUAAGAAGGCAAAAGCUGAAGCUAAGAGCAUGCUUACCAUAAAAGAGGGAAUUUAUUUAACCUUUGUUAGUCAUUGUGUCAUCAUAAUGCUAACAUUCUCCAGACUAGAUUGCCACUGGGUUACUAAGAUACCUUGUUGAAAGAUAACAUUUUCUUCAUUCAGAUUGGUUCAUAGGUAAGUCCAGGUUUUUGAUAAACUAUUCCCCAAGAGUGAUCAGCAAUACAUGGAACAGAAGUUAUGUAGUAGUCCUUUUGGUAGUUGAUUUGAAAAUUCUGUUGAUUAAUGGAUGAGCAGCUGUUCUUUGUGUUGAAAUAAAGCACAGUAGUGUCCAUUGCUGAGUUUUAAUGUGUUACUUGAAGUAAUACUGGCAUAUCUUCUGGUACACUAAUCUGAGCAGACUAGAAAAGCCACUUGCAUGCUGCUGUAGAUGAUCCCAUAGCUCUCUUAACAGUGUAGAUUGUUUUAUUGACUUAACGACCUCAGCAAGUUGCCCGAGCUAGAAUUCUUGAGGAGGGAUGCAGCAGUCUGUUUACAUAAGGAUGCAAACAGAAAAUGGUGUGCCCGUUUUUACAUAAAGAUCUGAACAGGGUACAAUUGGCAUAUGUUCAGAUCUCAGUCACAUAGUGACUUCUCAUUUAAAUUUGAGGUGUAUUAAGUUGCAUAUUGAAUAAAUAUGAACUCUUCCUUAAACACAUUAAUGCAGUGAAAACUCAGAAGUAUUUGUUUGAAUGUUUAAGUUUAAAAAAGAAACAAAACCCCUUUUGUGGAUACUAUAUGAAAUAUGUUAGGCAAGGUUUGACUGAGGAAGUGGUUUUCUGUAAAGGUUUAAGUACCAAAGGUAGAAAAACCUAGUCUAGUGAUACAAUGUUAAUGUGCAGUGUUGGCUUUUCUAAUUUGUACUGUAACACCUUCACACUUUAUAUUUUAAAUGAGUCUUUUCCUUUUAAAUAAUAUUAGGUAUAUUUUCACACCUUUCUUUUCUGAUGCAGAAUUCAGGUUAACAUUUUACUGCAUCUAGUAUGUAUGGUGUAAUAUGUUUGGAUCCUUGUGACCUUUCUUUUGGACAUUCUUGUGCUUUUUCAUAUGCUGUAUUCUUCAAGCAAUAAAAUUCUGAUGUGUUUUUAUAAAAUUGCUUUUAUAUUUA